AUGGAACACCUGCUGCCUCUGGCAUCUGCAAAUCAGCAGCAGCAGCAGCAGCAGCAGCAGCAGCAGCAGCAGCAGCAGCAGCAGCAGCAGCAGCAGCAGCAGCAACAGAGAAGCGCUGCUGUUGCUGCUGUCCAUGCGUUGUUGGGUGCCCAGGGAUAUUCUACCCCCACUUUCCCCUCUCUUCCCUGUUGUCCCUCUCUCCCCUUGUUCCACUCUCUCCCCUCUCUCCCCCUUGUUCCAUCCACACGCUGUGCAUCCACGAACGGUUUCGGUGCCUGUUUUGGGAAUCCUCAAAGCACAUUGAACCACACUCUCAGCUGCCUAAACACCUCUGCUGCUGCCUCUGGCGUAACGUCCCUCACUCCUCCUGCUGCUGGCGUGACACGGCCUAUCACUACUCCUGGUUCUGCUGCUGCUGCUGCUGCUGCUGCUGCUGCUGCUGCUGCUGCUGCUGCUGCUGUUUCUUCUGCACAUGCCCCGGUUAUCACUGCUCCUUCUUUGAGGCAGCAUGCCAACACAUGGCCAGCAGGAUACCUUCUCAUUGAGGCUCCUCUACAGUCAGUCCCAUCUGUCCAAGCAGUCAAUGCUCCUUCUGCCAGCAGACAGGCCAACGGGUGGUCAGCAGCAAAGCCAUGUGCACUCCCUAUGUUGCACUACAACAAGGCAGCUGUGUCUUGUCCCACCUCCUGGUCACAGAAGCAGGGAUUUGGUUUCAACACACAGAGCACAGAGCAGGCAGAAGAGUUUCAGUGCAGCCAGGGCCAUCCACCCACUUUUACCGCAGGAGGGCCAGCAGAUACGGAGGGAGCUACCCUGUCAGAUGCCACUCUUGCUGCACUUAUCAACCAAGUCCCUGCUGCAGCAGCCUCUUUAGGCACUGAGGAGGAAGCUACUGGAAAUUCCAGUUGCAUGCAGCAUUUGAGGCAGGCGAUUCUUGAGACGCCUGGGGAUGGAGAGAUGGGAGGAGGGAGGGGAGGGGAGAGUGGAUGGAGGAUAGGUGAUUUGAGUGACAAUGCCCAAGGGCUGGUGGAGAAUGCGGAGGAAGGGAUUUGCGAUGGGGAGAUUUUUUAG